ACAUCAAAUUUCUCCCUUUUUUUUCAUCUAUAAAGACAAUUGUAUCAAACAUACACCAUAAAACCAACCUCAAAAAAAUCAUUACAUCAUCAUAAUCAAUCUUUUUUAUAGCUUUAAUAAUUUCGUAAUCAUGAAGAAAACAUAUACUUUUAUUUUCUUAAAUCUUCUCAUUUUCACCACUACACUUUCACAUUUCACAUCCGGUUCAGGAAUAAUAUAUGACUCAGCCGGUAACAAGCUUCUAAGGGGCAUUCCUUACUACAUCCUCCCUCUCCUUCGUGGUUCGGGUGGAGGACUAACCCUGACCCGAACCACGAAAGACGGGUGCCCACUCAAUGUCACACAAGAACCUUUUGAAUUCAACAAUGGUGUCCCAUUCACCUUCAAUCCAAUUGUUCUUGAAGAAGAAAUCAUACGUGGAGCUUACCCAAUAUCAAUAGAGUCCGAUGUCUCAAACCCUUGUCAUGCAUCAAAUAUAUUGAAAGUGACGACCGUGAAAACUAGAAUGAAAAAAGAUAGUAAACAUUUGGUUAAUGAAAAUUAUAAUAAUAAUCAUAGUUAUGAUCAUAAGAAGAAGAAAGAUGAUGAUGACGACGACGAUAGUAAAUAUGUUACUAUACAAAUUGUGACAAAUGGUGGGGAAUAUAACAAGCCCGAAAGUUGUUUUCAAUUUGUUGAAAAUGAUUUGAUGCCAGGGUUAAUAAGUUAUCAAAUUCAACAUUGUCCAUUUAAAUGUGGUUCUUCUUCGAGUAGUAGUAGUCCUGGUUUUAGUUGCUAUAACGUCGGCAUUAUCAAAGAUGUUGAUGGUACCGGGUACCUUGGUCACACGGAUGAGAUUUUUCCUGUUGCGUUUACGAAUGCUUAUGGAUCGUAUGGCAAAUCGGAUAACAAGGACGUGUUUAGCCCGUCGGCUAAAAUGAGCACCUUUAGCCAGUUUAUGGCUAAAGUGAGCACGUUUAGCGAUAUAAGGUUGAAUUAUUAAUUUAGGUAUACUUGUAUUGUAUUGUAGAGAUACACAUGGAAUAAUAUCGAAUUGAAGAGUUAUAUUUGUACACUUAUUAGUAAUAAAGAUGAACGAUCGUUUCAGAA